GCUGGGCCCCGUCUCCACCGCCGACCAAGGGCAGCGGGCUCUGCCCGCCGCCGCUUUCUGCGACCUGGCCGUCAGCCCCACGUCGCCGGCCUGGAGGGGCAAAGAGGACGAGGGGGCCGCGGCUUCCUCCGGGGACCUCGGCUGCCUGGAUUGCCAGGAGCUGGAAGUUGACAUUGAAUCCAGGCUGAGGAUGGAAGGUGUGGAGCUGAAGGAAGAAUGGCAGGAUGAAGAUUUUCCAAUACCUUUACCAGAAGAUGACAGUAUUGAAGCAGACAUACUGGAUGUAACUGGUCCAGACAGCCAACCUGGCUCAUUAGAAGUUAAUGGAAAUAAAGUACGUAAGAAACUAAUGGCCCCAGACAUCAGCCUGACCCUGGAUCCUAGUGAAGGCUCUGUGUGGUCGGAUGAUUUGGACGAAGGUGGGGAGGUUGAUCUGGAAGGCUUAGACACCCCAUCAGAGAACAGUGAUGAAUUUGAGUGGGAAGAUGAUCUUCCCAAACCCAAAACUACUGAAGUCAUUAGGAAAGGCUCAGUUACUGAAUACACAGCCACAGAAGAAAAGGAAGAUGGACGCCGCUGGCGCAUGUUCAGAAUUGGAGAACAGGACCACAGGGUGGAUAUGAAGGCAAUCGAACCCUACAAAAAGGUUAUUAGCCAUGGAGGCUAUUAUGGGGAUGGUUUAAAUGCCAUUGUUGUGUUUGCUGUCUGUUUUAUGCCUGAAAGUGGCCAGCCUAACUAUAGAUAUCUGAUGGACAAUCUCUUUAAAUAUGUUAUUGGCACUUUAGAGCUGUUGGUAGCAGAGAACUACAUGAUCAUUUACUUAAACGGUGCGACAACUCGAAGGAAAAUGCCCAGUCUGGGAUGGCUGAGGAGAUGCUACCAGCAGAUUGACAGACGAUUACGGAAAAACCUGAAGUCUCUAAUCAUUGUCCACCCUUCUUGGUUUAUCCGAACACUUCUGGCUGUGACAAGACCGUUUAUCAGUUCAAAAUUCAGUCAGAAGAUUAGAUACGUCUUUAAUUUGGCGGAACUGGCGGAGCUCGUCCCCAUGGAGUAUGUUGGCAUACCAGAGUGCAUCAAACAGUAUGAAGAAGAAAAGUUUAAAAAGAGACAAAAAAGAAUUGAUCAAGAGCUUAAUGGCAAACAGGAACCACCAAACAGUGAGCAGUAGGUCAGCGUCCUGCCGGAUGAGACAAAGAGCGCCAGGGAGGCGGGGCUCUUGUGCUCAGUGUGCAUUCAUGGCUCCAGUUUUUACAUAAUCUGUUACAAAAUUUACUUGACUCCUUUCCAAAUGGACUCUUGUACAAGGGACUGUUCACUGCUGUAAUGGUUGGCAAUUCUUGAAUUUAGCUCUUUAAUGACUAAUUAUAUUGUAAUCAUUUUAUAUUGCUAAAUAGCAGAGAACUACACUUUAUAUAAAGCAAUUUUUGCAUUUGUUUAUUUGAAUGAUGCAUCUUCAGUAAAAUAUUUAUAUACAUAAAUGACAAAGGAAAGAAAUAAUAUAUAUUUUUUAUGUUGGGGGCAAUAUUUUUUAGUGUGUACCUAUCUCAUGGAAGAAUAUACACACGCUUUUAAAUAUAAAGUGCAUGUAAGACUUGUUUUUGUAAAUGGUUGGACACAUUUCCUGGGUAACUUAGGCUGAGUUGUCCUCAAGCAAGGACAGUUAAGCUGACACGGAGUCCCCAGGGUCGUGCACAUGAUCUAGUCAGUAGUAGCAGCCCAAGCUUCUCACUGGAAAGCACACUGCUUCUUAAUGUGGUGGAAGAGCCUGCAAGUGAAUGGCUCGCUUUCCUCUCUAAAGACGUUUUAGAACCAGAACCAGAGAUUUUGAGAAGCUGGUAGUUAGGGUUUGUAUAUAUGUAUAUAAGGGACAUUUUAUUUUACCCAAAGUCAGAACUGUUAAAAAAAGAGAGAGAAAGGAAGGGAGGAAGCUCUUAAGAUGUGUUCACUAAUGUGAAGCGAGCUGUGUCCGUGUGUGUGAAGCAGUGAGGUGGUGCAGAGCUGUGGUGAGUGUUCAGUCAGCUGCCUCUGGAGAGCAGAUGGGCUGGUAGUGAAAUGCUCUCGCGGAGCACUUUACCAGAGUACUUCCUCCUCAGUUAUUGUCACAGUGCUGUUUGACCUAAGCAGAUAGGUGGCCACAUAGCUGUUGGAUGGCAUGACAGUGCUUGCUAUACAUGGGUGAUUCUGUAAGUGUUGGAGCACCGCUGGUCUGCACUCAGGAUGACAUUUAUUGUACAUAUGUCAUGUGGUUAAGUGCUUUGACUGAACAUUGAAAUAAAAUUUAUUUGUGCCUCCAAACAGGGUUUAAUUACCUACAAAAUCAUUCUAAACAACUUCUAGUCUUGUGUCAUGAACUUGCCUGGCAUAUACAUAAACUAUGUAUCAGCUUCGUACCACACAGCCCUUCCUGUAAGCUGUUUACAAGAGUGACCUAGCAAAGCAAAAUUGAAUCAGGUGUGAUCUAAACUUAGAAGAUUAUUCCCUCCCGUACUGAACACCUGACCUUCACUAGUGUCAGGUUUUAGUGUUACGCUUCUAUUGCAAAAGGGAACUUUUCUUUAUUUCUUUGUCCUUUGCAGGCAUAAAUUUGACCUGCUAAGUUAAAACCAGUUACGGUCAAGCUGGAGGACUCUGGGUAGAACAUCCUCACAACCUCCCAGCUUGGAUCCAGCUCUCCACGCAGAUCCUGUAUUAGUGUCAUUGCAGUAAAUGGAGCCAAACCCAUUUUAUUUGUGUCGGUGAAGGAAGCUUUAGGAGUACUGUGUAGAGCCAGGCGUGGUGGCAUCCCUCGUUAAUCCCAGCCCUUAGGAAGCAGAGGUCCACAGAGCUCAGAGUUUAAGGCCAGCCUGGGCUAUAGAGCUCUGUAGAUCCUUCUGAACUUAGCCCAAGAAUCGCGCACGAGGAGCUUGUAGAAGGUCUCAUCUGUCUCAACUCAGAGUAGACUGAGCUUUGUCUUUGCUUUGCCACAUUAAGUGCUAAGUGCUUGGACCUUUAGUUUCAAAAUACAGACAGUGGCUACAGCUUUUUGUUGUGUUUACUUUUUUCAGAAGUGAUUUUUUUUUCUGUAAAAUUUUAAAAAGAAGUAGCCCAUAUUCAGUUAGAACAUUUAAGUUCAAAGGACUGGAGAGCUGGCUCAGUGAUGGAAAGAACACUUCCAGGUUUAGUUCCCAACACCCAUAGCAGGCAGUUCAUGCCUACCCAUAACUCCAGCUGGUGGGAUUCGAUGCACUCUCUGGCCUCUGGGCACCUGUAUACCAUGGUAACACACACACACACACACAACUCAAUCUUUUUAAAAUGAAUAAAAUUCAGAAGGGACAGCCAAGUAUCAUGGCACAUGCCUUGAAUCCCAGCACUAGAGUCUGAGACAGGAGAUUCUAAGUUUGAGGUCCAUCUAGGCUACAUAGCAAGCCCUCAACUCAAGGAAUAAAAGGGAUCAGCGCUAACGCUUGAAUUAUGGGGAAAACUGCUUUAACCUGCACUCGAAUGACAUGUGGUGCAGGGGUGCGCCCACCCUAAAUGUAAAUGCCUGUGAGACUGGGUUGCUAACUAGUCUGCUAGAGGAAGAGCCAUAGUCAGUUGAUUUUUAAUUGGUAACAAUAGAACAUCCUCCUGCUUCAUUGUAUUCUAAUCUCCAUUACUAAUUGAGUUGCAAGUGCAUAGAGUAAUUCUUUGACUUUGUGCUGGGGUCAUGGAUAAACUUAACAGGUUUAAUUUAUGUUUUUAUUACCAUCUUUGUUGCACUUUGGCUCCAAUUGCUCCUUUUUUUAUCCAAAGUUUUUCUUAGAAGAUAAUGUAAUUCUGUGUUGAGCUUGAUUGUGUGCCUGAAAAAGCACCAAGGGAAACUGUGAUGUCCCUACAUAUUGAAGCCUUUAACUCAGGAGGCAAGAGGUGUGCUGAGCAGAGUUAGAAGAUAAAAUGAGAAAAAGGCCAUUAUAAACAAAGACUUGGUUAUUAGCUACAUGCCACCGAAAGUGUCCCUCUUAAGGGAAGUACUCUGUAUGGCAGCGGGUGGUUCCAUUUCCUGUACCCACAAGGAAAAGUAGAGGUCACAGAAGGUGUGGCUUGAAAAGGAAGCUGCAGAUGGCACUUGUGAUGACAAUCUUGUUCUUUCUUCAGAUAGAAGUGGGUCUGAAUGGUGGCAGAGUAGCUACAGGGUCCAAGUUGAGACGCUUACUGCCUUCCACAGUUGGUAAACAUUAAUGUUGGCUUCUGUGCCAAGUGUCCCAAUUUAGUGUCACCAGCUCCUUGACAGUAUUCUUCCAGAGGACUUACGUCACAUCACUGCAGCCAUUCAUGUGAGUGCUCAGGGAAUUUGAAGAGGCAAUCUCACGUAGAAGUGUUCGUUCUUUGCAGUGAACUAUUCAGUUGAGAAUUCGCACUAGGAUACUUUAGUAGAGCAGGCCAGUUUCUUGAUAGAAUUGGUAGAUCUGCAUGAGAGGAAGCAUUGGCCUUCCUUUUCCUGUGUUAUAAGUAGAAAAUUGUUGCCAAGUGGUGGUGGUGGUGGUGGUGGUGGUGGUGGUGGUGGUGGUGGUGGUGGUGGUGGUGGUGGCCUUAAAUGCCAGCAGUCUGGGAGGCAGAGGCAGGCAGAUCUCUGAGUUCAAGACCAGCCUGGUCCUCGGAGCAAGUUCCAGGGCUACACAGAAAAACCCUGUCUCAAAAAGACCAAAAAGGGGGGCGGUUGGGGGUAGAAAAUUGUUACCAGUGUUAAAUGAGAUUUGCAGAGACAGUUGACUGCGGAGGUGGCCACCCCAUCUGCUUUGGUUUUGUCCUCUGUGUCUCCCUCCACUCGUCCCCUGGCCCCCGUUUUAUUUAGAUAUUUCAGAAAUGGAUCUAUCAAAUCUCAGAGGGCUGAUAUAGGAGGAGUCUGAACACUUCCAGGCUGAUACUCGUGCUAGUGAGUUUAUCUUGUCCUAGGGGAUGGGAAUUGUGUAGGGAGUUGCUGAGACCACGAAGAACUGGGGCAGCAGCAGCAGCAGCAGGGCACUGUCUGCCCAGUGUUCUAAGCUAGUACAGAAUGACCGGUCGGAGGAGCCCUUCACUCUCAGCUCCCCUUCUGAGAGUCUCAGUGAAUUCAGAAUCAGGUCGGCAGAAGCCAAAUAAUGGAGCUUUAAAGUCCUGAACAGGAACAGGAACAAAACAGUAUGGAACAACAGUAAGGGAUGACUACCAUUUGAGUAGGACAUUUUAUUGCAAUUAUAAAUAAUAUGUAAUGCUUGUGGAACCAAAUUUAAAAUGCUAUGAAAAGCUCACAUGCAGCACUUGAAAUCAAGUACUAGAUGAGUUUUCAGGCCAAGCUUGAUGGCAUGUGCCUGUGAGGCCAGUACUCUGGAGGCUAAGCAGGGAGGAUUGGGAGUUUGGGGCCAGCCUGGAUUGCUUAGCAAGUUCAGGACAACCUGGCGGGUGUACACAGUGAGACCUGCCCUGGGGGUAGGACGGGGUGGGGUGGAGUAACAUUUGGUGCAUUCAAAUUAGUAAAAACUGAUACUAAGGUAUUUGCUUCAGAUAGCUGUCUAAAAGACUCCUACAGUAGUUUAAAACUUUGGGAUUUGAAGUUUUUAUGUAUUUGUAUAUCCAGUUUGACAAGAACUUGAUAACUGUCAGCUACUCCAUUGGACCUUUGUAUACAGAAUUGCAAAAGGUUAAUGUCCUCCUGAGAACUGCUUCAUAUUUCCUUACAGAAACCUAACUAGUAAAUAUUGACGUUCAGGGCUGCUGGCUUUCACAGCCUUGGGGUGCUGUUCACACACACACACACACACACACACAAUUCAGAGUUCAUCAGACACUAUUGCACUUUGAUUUAUACUUCAAAAGUAUUUUUAUAACAAGCUCACAUGUUGUCAUUUAGACAAAGUUAACUCGCUGUGACCUUUUUUGCUGUUCUUAAAUUGUAUUUAACUAGUCUAGUACUGUCAUUUCAGUGAGAAUUCAGUUUGAUUGUCUGCAGGAUACAGGUUGUAGUUCUAGUCAGUGAGCAGCCCCUGAUCAGCAAAAUGUGCUGUUUUCUCUUCUUUUGACUUGUUAUGAAUACAGUGGUGUGUCCUAAUUUGUUGCACGUAUUACUACAACAAUGCAUUUUAAUAAACUAGUUGGAAUAUA